GUGAAAUCCCGACAUUCAGCAGACCACCCUCUGCCACCAUGGGCGAGCUCUUCCGGAGCGAGGAGAUGACGCUGGCCCAGCUGUUUCUGCAGUCAGAGGCUGCUUACUGCUGCGUCAGCGAGCUGGGAGAGCUUGGAAAGGUCCAGUUUCGUGAUCUAAAUCCAGAUGUGAAUGUUUUCCAGCGGAAGUUCGUGAAUGAAGUCCGGAGAUGUGAAGAAAUGGACCGAAAGCUUCGUUUUGUUGAGAAAGAGAUAAGAAAAGCGAACAUCCCAAUUAUGGACACUGGUGAAAACCCAGAGGUGCCCUUCCCCCGGGACAUGAUCGACUUGGAGGCCAAUUUUGAGAAGAUCGAAAACGAGCUGAAGGAAAUCAACACAAACCAAGAAGCCCUGAAGAGGAACUUCCUGGAACUGACUGAGCUCAAGUUCAUCCUCCGCAAGACGCAGCAGUUUUUCGAUGAGGCUGAAUUGCAUCAUCAGCAGAUGGCGGAUCCAGACCUGUUGGAAGAGUCCUCUUCGCUCCUGGAACCCAACGAGAUGGGGAGAGGCGCACCACUGCGGCUGGGCUUCGUGGCUGGCGUGAUUAACCGGGAGCGCAUCCCCACUUUUGAACGCAUGCUCUGGCGCGUGUGCCGAGGGAACGUGUUCCUGCGACAGGCUGAGAUCGAGAACCCUCUGGAGGAUCCCGUGACUGGUGACUACGUGCACAAGUCCGUGUUUAUCAUCUUCUUCCAAGGCGACCAGCUCAAGAACAGAGUAAAGAAGAUCUGCGAGGGGUUCAGGGCUUCGCUCUAUCCCUGUCCCGAGACACCGCAGGAGAGGAAAGAAAUGGCUUCAGGAGUCAACACCAGGAUCGAUGACCUCCAGAUGGUUCUGAACCAAACUGAGGACCACCGCCAGCGAGUCCUGCAGGCCGCUGCCAAGAACAUCCGGGUCUGGUUCAUCAAGGUGCGCAAGAUGAAGGCCAUCUACCACACCCUGAACCUCUGCAACAUCGACGUCACACAGAAGUGCCUGAUCGCCGAGGUCUGGUGCCCCGUCACUGACCUAGACUCCAUCCAGUUUGCGCUCCGGCGGGGCACGGAGCACAGUGGCUCCACCGUGCCCUCCAUUCUGAACAGGAUGCAGACGAGCCAGACGCCCCCGACCUACAACAAGACUAACAAAUUCACAUCUGGCUUCCAAAACAUCGUGGACGCCUAUGGGAUCGGGACUUACCGGGAGAUCAACCCAGCUCCGUAUACCAUCAUCACAUUCCCGUUCCUAUUUGCUGUGAUGUUCGGGGACUUCGGCCACGGCAUCCUGAUGACCCUCUUUGCAGUGUGGAUGGUGCUAAGAGAGAGCCGCAUCCUCUCUCAGAAGAAUGAGAAUGAGAUGUUCAGCACCGUGUUCAGCGGCCGCUACAUCAUCCUGCUGAUGGGCGUGUUCUCCACCUACACCGGCCUCAUCUACAAUGACUGCUUCUCCAAGUCUCUGAAUAUUUUCGGGUCAUCCUGGAGUGUGCGGCCCAUGUUCACUAUCUAUAAUUGGACGGAGGACACACUGCACGGGAACCCUGUUCUGCAGCUCAACCCAGCCGUGCCUGGCGUUUUUGGCGGCCCAUACCCUUUUGGCAUCGAUCCGAUUUGGAACAUCGCCACCAACAAACUGACCUUCCUCAACUCCUUCAAAAUGAAGAUGUCGGUGAUUCUGGGAAUUGUCCACAUGCUAUUUGGCGUCAGCCUGAGCCUUUUCAAUCACAUCUACUUCAAGAAGCCCCUCAACAUCUACUUUGGGUUCAUCCCGGAGAUCAUCUUCAUGUCCUCACUGUUCGGCUACCUGGUCAUACUCAUCUUCUACAAGUGGACGGCCUACAGCGCACACACGUCGGAGAGCGCGCCCAGCCUGCUCAUCCACUUCAUCAACAUGUUCCUCUUCUCCUACCCCGAGGGCAACGCCAUGCUCUACUCUGGACAGAAGGGAAUCCAGGGCUUCCUCGUGGUGGUCGCGCUGCUGUGUGUGCCCUGGAUGCUGCUGCUGAAGCCGCUGGUCCUGCGCCGCCAGUACCUGAGGAGGAAGCAUCUGGGAACUCUCAACUUUGGUGGGAUCAGGGUGGGCAACGGACCGACAGAGGAGGAUGCUGAGAUUAUUCAGCAUGACCAGCUCUCCACCCACUCGGAGGACGCGGAAGAGUUUGACUUUGGAGACACCAUGGUGCAUCAGGCCAUCCACACCAUCGAGUACUGCCUGGGCUGCAUCUCCAAUACUGCCUCCUACCUGCGGCUCUGGGCGCUCAGCCUGGCCCAUGCGCAGCUCUCCGAGGUGCUGUGGACCAUGGUCAUCCACCUGGGCCUGAGCGUGAAGAGCCUGGCGGGGGGCCUGGCGCUUUUCUUCAUCUUUGCCACCUUCGCCACGCUCACCGUGGCCAUCCUGCUCAUCAUGGAGGGGCUCUCCGCCUUCCUGCAUGCCCUGCGGUUGCACUGGGUCGAGUUCCAGAACAAAUUCUACAGCGGGACCGGCUUCAAGUUCCUGCCCUUCUCCUUUGAGCACAUUCGUGAGGGGAAGCUGGACGAGUGAGCCCUGGGCCUAGUCCCGAGCGCCCGCCCCGUCCCCUCCUCAGGGGUGGAUUGUGCCAUGUUCGCUGUCUGUGACGCUGCGGGUGAGUGCACAGCCCGCCUCCUCUGCACUUGGCGGAAGCCAUGAGCUGCCUUCUGCCCAGCGGCCCGGGCCUGAGGCCCUCCUGGGGCACAGCUGCUGCCCGGCCACAGCAGAGCAGACGGGCUCUGUCCUGAAGGGGGCGCUACUUAUUUAUCACAUCCCAAGAGCCCCCAGACCCAGCGCCACCCUGUGCGUCCUCCUCCCGC